AUGGACGACCUCGUGACGGGGACGAGGCCAGCACUAAUUAACAGUGAGCCGCCAUCUUGGCUGUCGAGGGGGGUCCUCACAGCGGCGUCCUCUCCCUCUGGACGUCCUCAAAUGACGGAGGGUGAGACCAGGGCGAGCCCCGGAGUCAGGAGAGACCAGUGCGGGACCAGUGCGAGAGGCUGGUGUGGGGUGUGGGGGGCCCGGGGGAGUGCGGGAGCGUGUGAGAGCGAGGCCCGAGUCCAUCAGCGUGACCAGAAGAUACACACGGAUCAGGACGAGUGUGACUCUGAGGGGGUUGUCGCGGUCUCAAUAUGA